AUGACUGGGUUGUUCAGAAAGGUGUACGACUGGCUGAUGCGCACGUUUUGGGCUCAGGAAAUGGAAGUCACGGUUGUGGGCUUGCAAAACGCAGGCAAAACCUCGCUCCUGCGUGUCCUGUCGGGAGGAGAGUUCACAGUUGACUCAAUACCGACAGUCGGGUUCAACUUGAAAAAGGUGCAGCAUGGACAUGUGUUGUUGAAGUGCUGGGACCUGGGCGGUCAGCCGCGAUUUCGAUCCAUGUGGGAACGGUAUUGUCGUGGCGUCAAUGCCAUUGUCUUCAUUGUCGAUAUUGCCGACAUGCCACAGAUUCCUGCAGCCAGGGAAGAGCUGCACUCAUUGAUGAGCUACCAGUCCCUUGGCGGAAUCCCUCUACUGGUACUCGGCAACAAAUCAGAUCUCCCAGAUAAAAUGUCGGUCGACGACCUGAUUGAUGCGCUGGACCUGGGAUCGAUACAAGGACGCGAGGUGUGCUGCUAUGGCAUCAGUGCCAAGGAAGAGACAAACCUCGACGCUGUGGUUCAGUUUCUUGUCAAAUGGGCAGGACGGUAG